AUGGAACGUUUUAUCUUGUUUACGCGCAUCAUAGUUAGGAGUGCACUUCCAAGACUAAGAGCCGCGGUUUACGCUGCUUUGAGGACGCUCAACGGUUCUCAGAACGUCUAUGCCACUGGUUCUGGGCAAACUGCCUCAAAGCUCCAGCAGCUCAACCUCACUCCGCGCGUCGCAGUUCAUACGAAUGGCACCUGGUACCCAGUUCUUCGGACGGAUAAUAGCACUGAUUACCUAUUUAUCCUCUCGAGAGACUCGGAUUCUCGAGGCCACCUCACUACUGGCAAGCGGAGACCAUUACUCCAUUAUCAGAGACGCGGGAACACUACAGAAAUCCCUCUUCAUGUUGCUGCUAAUCAAACGGUCGCUUUUGCCUUUAGCAACGAAUUGUGGUCUGAAAUCGAGACCCCGUAUCUUCAUGCCUUACGCGUCCCUUCAAACGUCCUUGAUUAUAAUUAUAGCACCUCCUGUGGUCUCCUGCUCCACACAUCCACCGAUCACUGCAAUGACUGCAAUUUUCAGCUCAGCAACGGAACUUCCUAUUACCUCUCCCUUGAUUCUACCUCUCUUACUUCUAACUUACAGCGGAACACAACUCACCAUCUCGACACUCUAGUCUUCUGGCUAGAUAUCCCAGGCCUUAAAAACGCUUCUGGUCUAGGCUACUACUCGUCUUUCUUCUCCUGGCCUCCGAGCUCUGCUUACAAUGUUGAUGGCGCAUACCUCACCUUCCCCAACAUUGCCCAAGGCAUCAAGGUGACCGUAAAUGGUCAUGACGUGGAACCUCUGGAUUUUACCAACCCUAGAGUUGACAUUGGCCCAUACAUCACCAGCGAUUCCAAUGAAGUGACUGCCAUGAUUUCCACGCUGAUGUGGAAUCAUAUUCGGAGUAUUUACGAUGAAAUCGAGAUAUCUGAGAUCGCGCCUCUACUGAGUGACCUGUUGCCCGAUCGGAUGGGUAAUGGCUUGAUCGGGGAAGUGAAGAUCAUUCCUUAUGUCACUACUCAAUAUAUGAUCUGA